AUGGGAGGCGCCGUGAGACAGCUGCUCGGCUUGCUGGGAGCGAUCAAUGGCCGCCCCAGGGAGAAGAGGAAGAAGAUGGUGCUGCGGCGCCCCGUGCAGGAGGUGGAGCUCAGGGUCAGGAUGGACUGCGAGCGCUGCGAGCGCGAGGUCAAGAAGGCGCUCUCCGGCAUGAGAGGAGUGCAGCAUGUGGAGGUGAACAGGCCGCAGCAGAAGGUGACGGUCAUGGGCGAGGUGGACCCGCUGGCGGUGCUGCGGCGGGCCCAGUCCACGGGGAAGAAGGCGGAGCCGUGGCCCCAGAACGCGGCUGCGGCCGGCGGCUACUACUACGCCCCGGCGGGCGUGGCCCUCUACGGCGUCGGGGCGGCCCAGCUGCAGGCCCACGACGGCGGCAGGGGGGCGAACCCGGCCGCGGCCGGCUACUACCACCACCCGGCGGUGAGGAGCGUGGAGGCGGCCAUCGGCGCCGAGCAGAUCACCGACCUGUUCAGCGACGACAACCCCAACGCCUGCUCCGUCAUGUGA